CCUGCUGGCUACUUAACUUAGCUAGCUGCCUUACCUAUCAGUCACUUCUGUUACGGAUAAAUUAAAUGAACGAUAGACAAAAAAUGAUCCCCUUUUGCUCUCCGCCUGACUUGCAGUCGCGUUUCAAGCAAAACACGGAGACCGUCCACCUAGUUUUAGUAUUUUAGCUGUUACGGCGUCUUGCCGAGUCCAUUUUGCGUGUAACUGGAAGUGGAAAAAGACAAAGAGAAAGGAGCUUUCCAAUAGCUAGAAUGGUUUGGGCCUAAAGGGAAGACAAGAGCAACAUGAACCGUGAGGACCGGAAUGUGCUCCGAAUGAAAGAAAGAGAAAGGAGAAAUCAAGAAAUCCAGCAGGGAGGAGGAGAGGCCUUUCCAGCAAAUUCCCCUCUCUUCCCUGAACCCUACAAAGUGUCCAGCAAGGAAGAUAAACUGUCCAGCCGUAUUCAAAGCAUGCUGGGCAAUUACGACGAGAUGAAAGAACCGAUUGGUGACACACUUCCAAAGCUUGGUGGUAAACCUUCUAACAGCUCGUCUUCCUCUGAGGAGAAAUCAGGCCCACCUUUGUUUGGCGGGGACCAGCGUGGUGUCAAUAGUGGUGGCAGUGGCCAGAACAGUAAGUGGACUCCUGUUGGUCCCGCAGCAGGUGGAUCUUCAUCCCAAUCCCAGAAACGCUCAGGACUCCAGGGUGGGCACAGCAGCCAGAGGAACAACGGGGGCAGUAGCAGUAGCAGCAGCAGCAGCGUUAGCCAAAGACACGGAGGGGAGGUGCGGGAAAAGAAAUCGAGUAAACACAGUGGAGGGUCUGACCACUCAAAGACACACACGUCAAGUCCAGCCAAGGGCUCGCUGAGUUCCUCCAGCAGCAACAGCCACUCACGGAACUCCUUGUCUGCUGAGCAGCACCAUAGCAAAGAGCGCUACCGCUCCAAGUCUCCACGAGACAGAGAGGCCAACUGGGACUCACCCUCGCGGGUUCACCCCUCAUUCACGAGUGGACAGCACUCGAGUCAGGCCUUUCCCCCAUCUCUCAUGUCCAAACCUGGCUCCAUGCUGCAGAAGCCCACAGCCUACGUGCGUCCUAUGGACGGCCAGGAAACUGCAGAACCCAAGAGUUCACAAGCAGAGAGCUACAGUGGCCAGUCGCACAGCAGCACUAUGGGAGAGAUGAAGUCAAAUGGCAAAGCCUCGCUUUCUAAACUGAAGAUCCCUUCUCAGCCUGUGGAGGGCUCCGGCGAUGCCAACUGUGUCGAUGAAAUUCUUAAGGAAAUGACUCAGUCCUGGCCUCCUCCACUGACAGCCAUCCACACCCCCUGCAAAACAGAGCCCUCCAAGUUUCCAUUCCCUACCAAGGACUCUCAUCCUUUUCCAAGUGGACACAAGCGAGGCAGUUCUUCCAAGAGCUCCAGCAGCCACCAGUCCAAAGCUUGCGAUGACCAACCCACUAUGCUCGAAGAUGACCUGAAGCUGAGCAGCAGUGAAGAUAGUGAUGUAGAACAGGACCCUGCCAAGAAUGCCUCAAGGAACACGUCAGCAAGCAAUAACAGUGAAGGAGCGGAGCAGUCACGGGACGACUCCAGCAGCCACAGCGGUUCAGAGAGCAGCUCGGGCUCAGACAGCGAGAGCGAAAGCAGCACGACAGACAGUGAAGCCAACGAGCCCCCGCGGCCCGCCUCUCCUGAACCUGAACAACCCAUGGCCAAUAAGUGGCAGCUGGACAACUGGUUCAAGAAAGCCAAGCAGUGCUCCCCAGCUUCCCCAGUGGACAACAAUAAUGUUCCAACAAAGUGCAAGAAAGAGGGCAGGGACAAUGGCUCAGGGCGUGGCUAUGGCAGCCAGGGAGGCGGUUCAAAAGACUCAGUAGCACCUACACCCAGCAGGGACCUACGGGCGGCACAAAAAGGUGCAGAGGGGGGCCGUGGUCGGCAAAAAUCCCCCGCCCAGAGUGAGGGUGGCGCAAAUCCGCGCAUUCGUGUGGGUAAAAAACAGCCCAAAAAAUCUGAGAAGCCCCCAGUGGUGGAGGAACCCAAGGGAGGCUUGCGAGUGGAGAGCGAGCCAGCUCCUGAGAUACCCCCCCAUCGGCCCAAAGCUGCUACCAAGGGUUCCCGCAAACCAAGUAUCAAAAAAGAGCCCAAAUCCUCGCCAAGGCCCACCACGGCUGCAGUCACCAGCACUGUAGAUAAACGGAAGCCCAAGGCACCGACCAAGACCUCGCAGCAGAAGUCUCGUGAGUUUGUCGACACGGACUCGUCGUCGUCGGACUCUGAGGGGAAUGACAGCAUCCCGUCGUCGUCGCAGACGCCCAAGUACACAGAGAGCAUCAGAACGCCGGUGUGUGUGUUUUCUCCAAUGGAGGAAAAAGAGCUGUUGUCUCCACUGAGUGACCCUGAGGAGCGCUACCCUGCGCGGCAGCCACAGCAGCAGAUUUUAUUAGUGAAAAUAGAUCUCAGUUUGCUGUCGAGGAUCCCAGGGCGGCCGUACAAGGAGCCCGCAGAGAUAAAAGUGGAGAGGGACGACUCUCUUGACAGGGACAGCAAAGACUUCAGCAAGCAGACCGAGAAGAGUUCUAGCAAGGCCAAGAGGAAACACAAGACUGAAGAAGAAGGCGGCACCAAGCCAGAGAGCAAGCGAUGCAAGCUUGAGGAUAAAACUGUCUCUCAUCAUAAAAACAGCAGUAAAGAGUCUAAGAGGUCUUUGGAGAAAAAAGAGGAGCCAGUGCCUUCUCCAUCCAUGUCAGGUCUGCAGCGGACGCCCAAGGCAGAGCAUCCGAGUCGAAAGAGGACAGUGAGCCAGUCCUCCACCUCUUUGUCCAGUGGGACAGGAAGUGGAAAGGAGGGGAGCCAUAGCACCAAAGGCAACUCAACCUCCAAACACAGAAAAGGGGAAGACAAGGGACGGAGCACACGCGACGGCAAGGAAAAAUCCUCAAAGGGCUGUGAUAACCAGCUGGCCGUGCCUCCGCUCUCCAUGGACGGCUCCAAGUCGCAGAGAUCCAAGCUGGUGUUUGAGGACAGGGUCCAUUCAGCUGAUCACUACUUACAGGAAGCCAAGAAACUGAAACACAAUGCAGAUGCACUGUUGGACCGUUUCGAGAAGGCCGUUUACUACCUGGACGCGGUGGUGUCUUUUAUUGAAUGUGGUAACGCUCUGGAGAAGAGCGCCCAAGAGGCAAAGUCUCCCUUCCCCAUGUAUGCUGAAACCGUGGAGCUCAUCAAAUACACUAUGAAGUUAAAAAGCUACAUGGCCCCUGAUGCUACGUCAGCAGACAAGAGGCUCGCUGUGCUGUGCCUACGGUGCCAGUCCCUCCUCUACCUGCGGUUAUUCAAGCUGAGGAAAGACAGCGCACUAAAAUACUCCAAAACACUCACAGAACACUUAAAGAAUUCACUGAGUAACACCCAGGCUCCCUCUCCUGGAUUGGGAAAUAAGGCAGCGGGCAUGCCCUCUCCAGUGUCUCCCAAACUGUCCCCGGGAACAGCCGGCAGCUACUCGUCAGUCAGCAGCAGCAGCAGCAGCACCAGCUCGUCGGUAACGAUACCUCAGCGUAUCCACCAGAUGGCUGCCAGCUACGUCCAGGUCACCUCCAACUUCCUGUAUGCCACCGAGGUGUGGGAACAAGCCGAGCAACUAUCCAAGGAGCAGAAAGCAGACUUCUUCUUGGAGUUGGACAAGGUGAUGGGUCCUCUGAUCUUCAACACCAGCAGUAUGACAGAACUGGUGCGUUACACGCGGCAGGGCCUCCACUGGCUGCGCCUGGACGCAAAGCUUAUUCCCUAGCAAGGACUGGCUCUCCCAGCCCACUGCUUCCACACACACACUCUCGCCACCUCAGCAACAUGUGCUCAAAGACACACGCAUGUCCUCCCAAUGACACACACACACACACACACACACACACACACAUACAAAUAUGAACUGUAUGCGCACACACAGUCCACCUCUGGUCCUUCAUGUACACACAGGUGAAGAACUUCUCAGACUUAUCUCCAACACUGUGUCCAUUUUCUACACCAGCUUGCCAAAAACACUGAGCAAUUCAGAAUCAUCUCACACCUUCGACAGCAGCGCACAGGGAGACGCAUUUAAAAACAGCUACACGGGAAAAAAACAACAACAACAACAGUGUAUCUUCAUUCGUCAUAUAUCGGCAUUCUUACCGUUUUUGAACGCCAUGUUUUUAUCUUUCUCGGCAUGGAAAUGCCGGAUGAAUUAUUUAUUAUCAAUACACUAAAACUAAGGUUUGGUUUCUAGGCUACUUUGGCUUUUAACCGUUUUUUGCUUUCACUUUGUUUCACCAAAGUACCUCCCAUGAACACCAAAGGUGCUUUAAAAUGAAGGUUCCUCUUUAUCAUUUUUGUGCCUUGUAUUUUGAGCUACAGGAAAACAAACGGUCACUCGUCAUAAACCGGAAUGAAUUCUUUUUUGUUUUAUUUUAUUAUUUUUGCUGUAGCUAUUGUUUCAACAAAUAAUGAAUGGAAGCAGACAACAACAACAACUAUGUUUUUAUUGAACACUUUUUAAAUCCUCUUUUAAAUACAUUAAUCACCAACUUGAUUGAUCUUCCCUUCAAGUCUCUAGGCACUAGAGGUUGAUCUCAGAUUCUGCCCACAGGACUGUUGCAUGGGCUAACUGUGACACACACACAUUGAUCAGUGUGUCUGUGUUUUUUUUACCGUGUCAUUUUAUUUUUGCAAAGAAAAAAUGAUGUGCUGGUUAUUUUUUUGAUCAAAUCAUUUCUUUGGUCCUGUUGGGUGUGAGGCCCAGCACAGCCUCUAGGGGCUGCUCAUGUGGCUCUUGGCCUUAAUACAAGUGAUCACGUACAAUAAUACUUUAUAUAUAAGAGAUUUGCUGCCCCCAGAACAAGCGUCUCUUCCUAUAAAAAUGUUUUUAAUCUACCCUCAUGGCAACCUGUGUCAUUUCCAGCCAUAUUUAUUUUUUUAACCCUCUCAUUUGCUCAGUCCCCCCCUUUUCCCUAAGAAACAGCAGGGAAGGUCUCAAAAGUAUUGUAGAUCGUAUCCAAUUCUGUGUACAGUGCAGUCAGUCAGUCACAUUGCAGUUUAUAGAAUAAAUAAACGACCACGACAAAAAACAAAAAGAAACUGGGCCUGUGUGAGCGCCACAAUGAGAGCGAAACAUCUCUGCAUGGAAAGAUAAUCCCCAGAGAAGCUGAAACUCAUUAGUGAUGCAGAUUUAGCAGUGUUGCAUUUAUAGAACAGAGAUUUAAAUCUAUGACGAUUAUAUAUUUCAGAUAAGGAGUUUAAUGGCCAAUAUAGAUUAUAUUUAUAUACCGAGCAGUUCUUUCUUUCUUCUGCCCCUGAGCAGAGGUCAAAUAUUUAGAAAAGUGUAAAGAAACAGGGUCGAACUGGGGGCGGGGGUUUAAGAUGCAAUGUAUGUGUAAUUGUCGCUAUUUCAAAUUUUCAAAACCAUCAUCAUGCCUGUAUUACAAUGACUGCAGAUGAGAACUUUUAAUCUUAGCCAGCUCUCCAUGUAGGAAUAUUCCUCUUACUCAGAAUUACUGUGUGGCAUUUAAGCAGAAUGUUAGGAUGGCAGUGGUUUUGAACCAGAUGUUUGAGUUGCUAACUGUCUGGUUUCUUCUUAUGCGCAAAUCCACUUCCCAUGCUGGAAACAUGAAAGCCUGGACCAUGAAGUAUUCUUGGAAAAUAUUCUCCCUUGGUUUUGUUUGUCAACAGAAAAGAUGAGUUAGGCCAAAUCUCAAGUGUCCGACUGUUAAAGAUUCAUAUUCCUUAACUUUCUUGCACUUCUUCCCUAUUUUAAAACCUGUUUUUUAAUUUUUUUUAUUUCAUGUUAUUUUUUUGAUCACCAUUUUCAUCUCAGCAAAAACUAGCAUUACAAUGUGGCCCAGGUUUCUUUCUGUGAGGAGGAGGUACUGUUAGUUCCUCUUGCACUUGAAAACAAGUGAAAGUCAGAGGAGGUAUUAAUUUUUUAACCUAUGCAGGAUUUUUACAAAAUACUGUCUUGUUUCUGUGGGAAAUAAAACUUUAAGCUUGG